GGGUUUUCUCCCGCUGCGGCCGCCUCGCUGCCCCCCAGACAUGGUAGGGCACCUCCAGCUGCAAGGGAUGGACGAGAGCCUGAAGGAGAAGAGCCGGGAAGGCUUGCUGGACAGCCCGGACUCGGGGCUGCCCCCCAGCCCCAGCCCCCCUUUCUACUCCCUCUCGCCCGGGGGCGGCGCGGACCCCCCGGCCCCGGGGCAGCGGCGAGAGGCCAAGGACGGCAGAGGGAUGCCUUACCUGCUCCUGAACCCGUCCAUGUCGGAGAUAAGACCUCGAAUGUACCCCGUGUUUUUUGGAGAAAGCAUUGAGGUCAACCCUGAGCCUGUGCAGGAAAUUAGGUGUAAUUCUGAGGUGAAGUACGACUCUGAGAAGCAUUACAGGGAUGACAUCAUCUACGGCCCCAUCCCCACCGUCACCACCUACAGUGAGACAGUCAUUGCUGCGCCCAAUUGCACCUGGCGGAACUACAAGUCCCAGCUGAUCUUUGAGCCCCGCCAGAAGCCACUGAGGUUUCAGAGCACAACCAUCAUUUUUCCUAAGCGUGCCAAGAACAUUUACCGGACCACCCUCAACUACAGCUUGGGCUGUGCCAAGCGUUGGUUUUCUUCCAGCGUGCAGCUGGAACUCUGCGAGGAAACCAGCCCAUGCGUCAUCUACAGUGAGACCCUCUGAUCCGCCCUGCUGCGGGCAACCUUGUGACCUCAAGGAGGCUGUGGCCUUUACUGAGCCUCUGGCUGGGCCCUCAUUGAUGACUUCUGAAUAUUAAUGGCUGGAGGAAAUGUCAUCUUGGGUGAGGCUGAACUGGCUGGGAGGAGGCUUGCAGGGCAUGGGAUGGUUUUGAUCAGUGAAAGGCUGGCUUAAAUUUUUUGACGUUCCUGACAUUCGUGAUCUGGAUUUUAUUUUAUUCUUUUUUUUUUCAAGCAUAUCUACUUUUGACUUAUGUUUUAGAUGAAAUCAAGAUGACAGAGAACCCCAUUACCCAUAGCAGAGUGCUGUUUUGUGAGCUCUGUACAUCUUGUCUAGCACACACAGGUGAGACUAGCUGUAGCUUUCAGAAAUAUUUUGGUCUCUGCAAAGAGAAGACCACCUGCAAAGUGGUGAAGACCAGCCUGCCCAGCACACACCAAGCCAAGUCUCCUGGAGUUCAAAUGCAGAUGAUGUUAAUUGUGUCAAUACUUCACGACUGCAUCCAACAACUCACCUGGGAGAUAGCUGCAAUAUUAUACCAUCAGGCCUAACUUGCUUGAGGGAGUGGGGACUGUUGCUGAGAAAACGGAGUAAAGCAGGUGCACAGUGCUCUUGCCAGCAGCUAGAUGCUUAUGUACUAUGACAGGGGAUGCCACAAGCAGGUGGUUGGAGAAAGGCCUGCCCUGACCCACAGCCAGCUCUUCUGAGAGCCCAGCCUAAGCAAGAGAGUGCAGAGGAGACUGAGAAGAGGGAAAAGCUGUGGCUAUUUUCUAAAAGUGUCCAAAGAGUUUAGGAGCCCAGCACCCUUUUUAUGAAAGAACUGGUAGCUGAAGUGUGCCAUGCUGUUUGUUGUAUCUGAUAUCCAGUUUGCAGGGAUCUUUACGUGCUUAACAACCCUUUUGAGUUUCAGGGUACCGCAGAGAGGAAUGUAGCACAGCAAGAUGUUACCUGGCUUUAAAGAAGCUGGUACAGGGUUAACUGCAGAGCAAGGUUGCUCAUCCUCUCAGGAGUUUCCAUAUCUGUCACAGACAGCUUGGCUGAUUAUGGAGGAGCAUCCAGACUGUCUUAAGUAUAGCCUGAAGUAUUGAAGAGCCAUAAUCCAUGCAGGAUUUUCUUAAUCAGCCAGGUUACAGCAGUGCACAGGUACUUUAUGGCUAGCUGAGCUGUCUCUGCAACAAGACCAAGAAGCAUAGAGAAAACAGUAGUCACUUCAACCAUCCUAAGGUAAACCAUUCCCACUGAUGAAUCACAUCUCCCAGUAUUUUUUUAUUUCAGUAGCUUGCUGAAAAACAGCAAGAGCCUACGAGUAACCUUUGAAAAUGAUACAGAAUUGUCUCCAGAAAUCUUACCAAGAAUUUUUGCAUGCUGCUCAGAAGAUAUCAGACUUAGAAAAUAACUAUAUAGUUCUGGAAAUUAAUUUCCAGCUUUCUAAACUUUCUUAACUUUCCCUGUUGUUUCUGACUUGAUGCAAGUCUGAUCAAGUUAUUUCAGAACACAGCCAAGCAGCCAAGUCAGAAAACCUAUUAACAAUGUCAACAAGACAUAGCUGAUUGCCCAGAAUUGUUGACGCACAAACCCACAGUGAUUUAUAUAAAAAAAAACACCACCACGCAGUCUGGCAAACUUUAAGAAGAAUUAAAUAGUAACCUGCAAAGAUACUUUUUCCAUCAGUUUCAAAAGGCAAUUGGUAGGUGUGACCAGAACUGUGACCUUUAUGAAACAGAGUUUUCUUGUUUAAAAUGAAGCUGAAUUUAUCUACCAGAGGUGAAUAAAAGAUUUUUAUACACAAACUUAAAUCCUGACAACAUCAUUAGUAGUGAAAGAUGUAAGCUGUGGCAGUGGUGAACUCUGACUCUAUCAUCUGGGAGUUGGGCCUUGGUAGAGAGUGAUGUCUCACUGGAUUUCCAAGACCAGCUUCUUGGUUCACGGAUAGAGGCCUGCCCAGCUGUGUGGGCCUUCCCAAGCAGAUGAGUCCAUCACAGACUCCCUGUUUUUCCAGGAAUCCUGCCAUGUAUUUAUUUUGCAUGACAGACCUGGCUUCAACUUUUCAGCAAGUUCUCUCCGUCAUGUGCAUGACAGAACCAGUGUACCAGGUUAAUCUCAUGAGCUUUUUUAUCGUGGCUAACUGCAGGCUUCUGAGUGCUUUGUCUGCUGUUCUGCUUUCUCAACAUUGGCUACAACUGAAAAACAACUCAAAAAACAAGUGCAAAUAGACGUAAACCACAGCUUGGUCUCGGAUCACAUGGGGACGGGGGUCACUAAGGCAAAGUCUCACAGGUGCAGGGUUCCCACCCUCCCUGACCAGACUGUUUUGAAUCUUUAUGCUUUGUUUUCUCUGCAAAUAGACUAGAAGUGACCUAACGUACUCCUGCUCCUUUGAGCAUAGGCAGCUUUUUUCAUCUUGCCACGUCAGGAAAAAAAGCCAGCAGGCAGCUUGGCUUCCUAGGCUGCCAACACACAGAGCUGUAUAACCACGGACAGACUGUGGUGGGCUACCAACCUGGGCCACAUCCAAAACUGUGAUAUUGCCAAGUAAGUGCCUGAGAGCCGUAGAAACUUCUGAAAAAUACCUUCUUAGAUUGUGACUCCAUUGGCUGCUUUUCUUGUCAGUAAAAGCUGGCAUUAGAAGGAGACUUUGUUCUUUCUGUGCAAAACCGCAGCAGGUCAGUCCUCACCCUGGCAUAGGCAUGGAUCCCACCUCCCUGCCCACUCUCCGUCCCUCUUGCUGCCAGCCCCACGGCUGGGUGAGGCAGUGGGAAGAGUCCAAAGUCACCUUGCUUGCAAUUUGAAAAGUGCUGAUGUUGUUGUUGUUGUUUUGCUCCAAGAGCAAAAUUUGAAUUUUGUGUGCAUGUUGCCAAUUAAGAAUUGCUCCCAGGAGCCAAGAAGUGCCUUAUUUGUAGUAUGUUUUGUGCAUCUAAAAGGAACAAUUAGUUUCACUAGAAAGAUGUUUUUCUUUUAAAUGGAACAUUAUUUAUCUCAAUCAACUGAUCUUUGUUCAUCAAUUUUCUCAGAGGUACAAAUGAUAAACCCAGACCAUAGAAAAUGCUGCUUAGAAAGGGGAGUUCCCUUGAGCAGCUGAGACUGUGACUAUGCGAUUUCUCCCAAGGAUCCCAAUGUGCUGGUUGCCCACAGUCCUGCACACCUGAUGGGUUAAGUCAGACUGCCUGUAGGAAUUACUUUCCAUCAGUAGUUUUGGGACCAGGAGCUUUCACAAAAGGCUUCUGGUUUUAUGUUGCCUUUUUUUGUAAGUUGUUUGUUGUUUUUCUGGGGAGGAGGGUGCACAAAGGUAAGGGGGUUGCCUUCACCCCUUUUUUCCUGUGAUUGCUUUACCCCUAAAACGCAACAGAGAAUGCAUGUGUCUGGUGUGCCUGCGUUGCUGUGAUUGUAUACGGGGCCAAAGAGGGGAACCCUAGCUUGUUAAUGCCUUUUCAGAAUUUACAAAAUACUUUGCACAAAACACAGAAGAAAACUUUGACCAAAAGCAUUUACUGCUUCUUUCUUUUUUUUGUUUAAUCCUAAACCAGCUCUACUUUUCUCAAUGUGAAAUAGAGACAGAUUUGCACCCUAGGUGCAGACUUUUUGGGAAUGAUGAAACGAGGUCUGAGUGUUGAUAGCAGUGUUUGAGUGAGCUGCUGGUCAGAGAAGUGAGUGCUAUUUACUAUUUAUGUUGAGUGAGUCAUACAAAAAAAAAAUGGGAACGAUUAAAGAGCUGAUGAAGAAAGACUUUGCAGAGCAAACUGAGGACUGAAGGCAACGUGAGUCUGAUAUAGAGGUGAACGGUUCAGUGUGCGAGCACUGUGAGCUAGGAUAUUUAGCCAUUGAGGUUUUAACAUGCUUUUUUUUCCCUGCCUUCUUUAGAGACGAAAAAAAAAAGUCAAAUCCCUUCUCUACCACAGUCAUUCAGUUGCACUGAAGUCUGUGGAUCUCAGCAUUCCCCAGGCUCAUAGGGGCCUCUGCAUACUGUGCACACAGGGCUACACCUCUGUGAAGACAGGGGAACACUGCAUAGGAAAUAAUGGAUCUUGGUGUGGGAGACUCAUAUUUCUACUGGCAGAUAAACCUCUCUGAGAAUCACCCUUUUUCUCACAAAUCGCUCAGUUUUGAACAUCUCCCCUGCAGCUCACCAAUAACCAUUGUAUUUGAUGUCUUGGGAGGCACGUGUCCCUUUUCAGAUACUGUGAUGGCCAUCAAAAUGAGCAAAGUAUCCUGCCAUGUGAAUCGUGACCUGGAGAGGAGGCUGAAAGAUGUUUGAAGGUUAGAGAAGGGAGAAGAGAACAUAUUACUGGUGGAAAUGCAUAAGGAUGUGUCAUAUUUUUAUUUUUGUAAUUCUGAUUCUUGCAGUGCUUGUAAAGUACUUUACUGUUGUAUAUGUGGUGAUGCAGUAGUUUUCAAUAUCCUUUUAUUUUUGUAUAUUCCCCCUUCCAUAAUAAUCCCUUCCUGUUCAACUCAUAGAAAGUAAUUUAAGACAACAAAAUUUAUAUAUCGUAAUAAAAUGCCCAAACUGUCA